AGGCCACACGGAACAGCCAUAUGCCCACCAUGAGCACUGCAGGCCGAGGGUCGUGUCGUAUCGUUCUCCUGAAGAUGGUAAUGAGGACGGCUGUGGCGUCGGAAAUGAAAGAGUAUCCCUGUUCCGCCUUCCCGAACCCUUCUCGGCGGUGGGACACAGUCCCGCGGAACCUAACUCAACUUUAGGCAGAUGCCAUUUUUGUCCGUCGAUUUCCGUCUUCAAACGGCGCCCGAGAACUGCAGAUCUCGCACCAGACUGUGUUUAUUGAAAAAUGUACAAGUCAAUCUGAUGGUAUCAGCGAUGCAAACAAGGUUCAGGGCCGCCGAUACGAGACGUCCUUGUUUAAUGCCUUUCAGUCACUGCCGUUGUCGAAUUUCAAAGCCGGCUGGACACCAGGCCGAUAUUUGGACGCUUCGCGAUCGCCGGCAACCAAUUGUUCGGGGUCAUGCUGCACUCUCGCAGCAGGAGUCGUUACGUCUUGAGGCCUGUCCAUCAUCGAAUGUCUAGUCCUUUGGUGGCCAAAAUUCCGGAGCCAUGUCGUGCCUGACAUCGAAGCCCCGUCGUUGUUGGA